CCCAAUUCGUUUCCUUGUCCAAUUGUGGAACCUUUCUGGUGUUGGAAUCCAUAUCCAAUACGGAUACGGUGUGAAGGUGGUCGACCUCUUCAUAAUGCGGUCGACCUGUUAGGUGCACAAGGGUCGGCCUAUGAGAUAUUUGGGUCGACCUUUCAUUCUGUUAGACCACCAAAGCGGUCGACCGCGUCUUGGAACCCCACAUACAUGAAUUAGUCCAUUCGGUCGACCGCAUGUUGGAUUAGGUCGACCGAAAAGUCCAUGUCACCGUAGCAAAAUCCUAAACAUUUACUUAAAUGAUUAAAUACAAAAAAAUCAUUAGUAAUUUGUAAUUAUCUUAUCGGAAGAGGAGAGGAGAGAUGGUGGGCCUGGGCAAGAAGACAGAUGGGCUGAGAAGCUUUGAUGAGUCACUGAGCCGACGCCAACGACGAGCCAAGUCAUGGAAAACCUAAUCCACUCAGCCACCGACAGCUGGAUACCUCUUUCCUCGCACGUGUCCUCCCCCAAAUCGAAAAAAAUAAAAAAGGAGAGAGAACCCUAAUCUCACCCACUAGUCAUCACUUCUUUACCCCGCGAUUGGACACCGCCCCACCACAUCAUCGCCUUCCUCCUCCUCAAUCCCUUGUCUCCCCGUUGGUUUUUUCUGUUAAUUUCCCUCAUCUUUCGCUGCGAAACCCAACAGUCAGCUCUUCUUCUCCUUUAGUUCGUUUAUAAUCGGCCAACUGGAGAGGGAAGGCCGGAAAUUUGAGUCGGUUUCGCAAUUGGGUAGCUGGGUUCCGGUGAUUUCGUGUUUGUUUGGGCGUAUAUUCUUCCGGGUCUCUCUCUUUUUUUUUUGCACCGGGUGUGUGGUGUGGGUUGGAGCCUUUUGAUUCUAAGCCGUUGAUCCUUUGGGAGGGGGGAAGUAUCUACAGAGAAGAGGGCCUUCUUUUGUUUUUACUCUGGCUGGGGUGUCUUAAAAGUAUCCAACUUGGACUUCCACCUCACACUCUCUCUUUCUCUGGCACGCCAUGAGAGCAGGUCAGAUCCUCUCUUUCUCUCUCUCUCUCUCUCUGGCUCUCUCUGAUUAUUAUUUGCUCUUGCUCCUUACUGUGUUUUGCAUGUUUGUCUUCUGGGCUGAAGCUAGCUCGUAUCCUGUUGAUUUUGGUUUGGCCGUUUGGGAUCUGCGAUUAUUAGACUUCUUCAAUGUCAUGGAAGCGAUUGCGGAACUCUGACUUUUUGUUCCUUGUUGUCUUCUGUGUGCUCUCCGUUUUUUCCCCAGUUGAAUUUUUUGGUCUUUUAGGUUUUUCCUCUUUUGGGAUUGAGUUGGAUUGGGUAGCUACCGUGUAGCUAGGACCAAUCAAGCAAGUUCAGGUGUCUAGAUAUAGGAAUUUUGCUCAGGAACCGUGCUUGACCUUUCAGCUAGUUGAAUUUUGGAAUCUGGGAAUUGAAGUGUAGCUCUGUUUUUUACCAGCUCAGUUCUGAUUGGUCUCUUGAAUUCUUAUGGAGGGGCCUAGGGGAGUAGGGAUUCUCCAUGUCAUGAAUUUGGAAUGUGGUUUUGGUUCAAGUAAUGGCUGCUUUGGUAUCAUAAUUUGCUGUACGCAAAUUUUAGGGAGUGACUGGCCGAGUAGUUUGCUAUUGUCUGGCUGCAAUUAAUGGAUGCUCCCUGUAAUUGGCUGCAAUUAAUCUGUACAUUGAAUUUUGGGGCGGUAGAAUCCAAGACGUCAGCCAGGUUCUUGUACUUGUUUGUUGCACAAGGCAACCUAUGUAUUAAUGGGUCACGGGUCACGGCUCUUAUGUGUUGUCUUCUGUUUGUUUGCGAAUGUUACCAACUGUGCUUCAAUUAGUUUCAAAUCAUUUGGGUAGCAGCAGUUUUAGGUUAUGUUUAGAUUCUCGGCCGGAAGAAUGCCGGGUAGGCUCGAUGCUCUUAACCCUUGUGAGUUGUGAAUAUGGUCACCUUGGAUAAAUAUACGCCCAACGCUGAAUAAGCUAGGGGAAAUUGUCCACAUGCGCAUGGUCUAUGGAGAUAGAAUGGAAGGAAAUAAUAGUAAAUGAUUUUGGUGGUUGGUGGAGAUUAGAAUGAACACUGUAAGACUGGAGAUGCUGUUUCCCAUCUUCCCUGGAGGCCCUUAAACUUAUCUUCAGGUUGGCUAGCUGUCAGCUUUCUGCAUUGGGUUGGAACAUUCCAGCCAACCCCUGUCCUCUCCGAAUAAGAUUAAGAGGACCUUUAUGCCGAAUAAUAUACAUGAGUUAAUUGGUUCAAAGCCAUAUUGUUUUUUUCUGUUGUAGUUCAAUGAAUUUUGUUUGAACCUAAUCAUAUCGAACUAGUUAAGUGAAGGGCUUGAUUUCUCUUUUUAGAUCUUAAGUAUUCAUAUGGAUCUUUUGUGCAACUACAACCUCUAGAUAUCAUUUCUUCCUUGUGGAAAAUUCCUACAAAUUAAGUUUAAACUGAUGGCAAUCUUGAAUCAUUAUUUUUUCGAUCUGGGCUCCCACAGAACCCGCAUGCUGCAUGUUAUGAAUCAUGUAAGUUUGGUGAUUAGAGAAUAUACUCUCGAAACCUAAAUAUAAAAGGGAAGUGUUGAGUAAGUAAAGAUAAUAAAAGCAAUUGUGAUAAGGCAGACGAUGGUUUACAGAUGCUUCAUGGAUUAUCCUAGCUGGUUUUGGGCUGAUUCUGAUGUUGACAAGAUGAAACACAUGAUUUUGCAUACUUUCACGAGAGCACUUGAAUGUCUCAACUUUCAACAUUGAUUAGCAGUAGAUAACAUCUGGUGUAUAUAAGGCAGUCGAUGGUUUACAGGUGCUUCAUGGAUUAUCCCAGCUGGUUUUGGGCUGAUUCUGAUGUUGACAAGAUGAUACACAUGAUUUUGCAUACUUUCACGAGAGCACUUGAAUGUCUCAACUUUCAACAUUGAUUAGCAGUAGAUAACAUCUGGUGUAUGGAAAGUGAGAUAACAUGUGCAACAAAAUAAUUGGAGUUAUUUCCUGGAAAGAAAAUGAUUUCUGAUUUGCAUGGUUUCUCGGAAUGCUGUUUCCAGGCGAUUUUUAGAUAUUGUUGCAAUAGACAAGGUCAUACUUAAGCAUUGAAGCUAGGGUACCACUCCACUUAGCCAAAUGGGAACAGGUGAAGAGAGUACACCUGCUAAGCCAUCUAAACCGGCAGCUACUUCUACUCAGGAAGUUCAAUCAACACCUGCAUAUCCAGAGUGGCCAGGUUCUAUGCAGGUUUAUUAUGGUGCUGGAGCCACUCCACCUUUUUUCCCAUCAACUGUUGGUUCUCCCCACCCCUAUGUAUACCAGCAUCCAUUUGUGCCACAUUAUGGCACCCCAGUUCCAUACCCAGCAAUAUAUCCUGCAGGGGGGAUGUAUCCCCAUCCUAGUAUGGCCAUGGCGCCAAACUCAGUACCACCAGGUGGGGAGACCGAAGGAAAAGGAGCUAAUGGAAAGGAUCAGGCCUCUGCAAAGAAGGCCAAGGUAACUCCAGUAAGCAAAGUUGUAGAGAGUGGAAAGGCAGCUUCAGGUUCAGGGGAUGGCGGCUCCCAAAGUGGUGACAGUGGCAGCGAGGGCUCGUCAGAUGGUAGCGAUGACCAGCAGGAAUAUACAGCAAGUAAGAAAGGAAGCAGUUUCAAUCAGAUGCUGGCAGAUGCCAAUGCACAAAACAGCAAUGCUGCACCAAAUGCCCAUGGUGCUGUUCCUGUUGCUUCUGUGCCUGCUACCAAUCUAAAUAUUGGGAUGGACUUAUGGAACGCCUCUCCCGGUGCUGCUGCGUUGGGAACGGCAAAAAUGAGGUCGAAUCCCCCUGGUGGCUCAUCUUCAAUGCCUGAGCCAUGGCUUCAGGAUGAACGAGAAAUAAAAAGGCAGAAGAGAAAACAAUCGAACAGGGAGUCGGCUAGAAGAUCAAGAUUACGCAAGCAGGCUGAAUGUGAAGAGCUACAGCACAGGGUACAAAACCUGACCAAUGACAAUCACAAUCUUAAAAAUGAGUUGUUGAGGCUUUCGGAGGAGUGCGAGAAGCUGAAAUCUGAGAACGAUUCCAUCAAGAAAAAAUUGAAGGACUCGUACGGGCAAGAAGCCGAAGAUCAGCUCGAGCAAAACAACCUGACUUCCCACGGUGACGAGGGGAAUAGUUGAGCUGACAUUAGGAGAAAGAAUGGCAACUUCUGAUAGAUAUAUAGCACUGCCCUACCGAUUUGGUCUACUCGCAGUUAUGAAGUAUUGACCACCUCAAAAUUGAGCAAUAGGACGAUGAUUCUCUUCACUGAUCUAUACCCUAUUUACCCUUAACCCUUUUUAGUUGUAUCAGUGUUUUAAACAUACCUUUUUUUACUCCUUUAUAAGGACUGUAACUAUGAGCUGGAAACAUAUUGUUCAUAAGACCUACACGACUGCUUUGUUGUGCUAUUGUUAGUCAAGCAGGUCGUAAUAGGGCCAUGCCUGGGGAUAUUUGUGUAUCACUAUUACUUGCAGUAGUCUGUUAAACUUUUCAUCCAAUGACAGAAAGAGUAGAGAUUGCUGAAUCAAUGUGCUGCGCUUUUUUUUGGGUAAGAAGACAGACACUAACAGGCGUCUAGAUCAUAUUGAAAUCAAAUGGUCUGUGGCAA